GUUCUUUCCUUUUGGCAGAGUAAUCAGUGCGAGCAGAGCUCUUUCCCUGAAUGAAUCCAAGUAACCCCAGUGGUUGCCUCCUGAAAUGACCAGCAGACAAACAUCUGUACAGAGGCUGCCCAAAGCAUAAACGCUGGUUCUAACAUACCAUGUCCAGCCGUGGAAGUCCCGGUGUGGAAUUUUCUACGACAACAGUCAGUUCAGUAGCUGUGCAGGCUGGGGACUCCAAAAUCGUUAUAGCUGUCAUAAAGUGUGGCAAAUGGGUGCAACUUCAAUUGGCUGAAUCACAGCCCAAUCUUCUAGAAAUUGGACGUAAUCAAGAUGAAACCAAAAAACUUCUUCAUGAUCAUGAACUUCUUUUGGCCAAACUCAAGGCUUUGGAAGACCAAGUUUGGGAACUCCUUCAGGAAGCAGACAAGACAGCUGAAGAGAACAAGGAUCAAAGCCAGGUCUAUGAUGCCAUGGCCAAAACCCUGGGUGAAGCAUGGGCAGCCCUGGUCUCCAUGCUUGAGAGAAGAAGGGAGCUUCUCAGGCUGACUUCUGAGUUUUUUGAAAAUGCUUUGGAGUUUGCCAUUAAAAUAGACCAAGCGGAAGAUUUCCUCCAGAACACUCAGGAGUUUGAGAGUACUGACUCCUUGAAAUCACUUCUUCAACUUCAUGAACAUCACACCAAAGAACUCUUAGAACGAUCUCUAGCCCUUUUAAACAAAAGUCAGCAACUCACUGACUUCAUAGAGAAAUUUAAGUGUGAUGGACCUAAUGUAAAUCCUGAGAUGAUUCAGGGAGCUCAUAACAGCUGCCUGAAGAUUGACAGUCUUCUUGAAUUUCUGCAAGACAGGAGACGACAACUAGACAAGUACCUGAAGCAACAGCAGCAGGAAUUACGUCAGGUUCUGCAGAUAUGUCAGUGGGACCAACGAGAAAGUCAGGUUACUUCUUGGUUUCAGAAAGCUAUAAGAGAUUUACAGGAACAAAGUCUGGGUUCAUCACUUUCAGAUAAUGAAGAGCUAAUUCGUAAGCAUGAGGAACUGAUACUAAAAGCAAAGGAAUGGAAUUCCUCUGUUGAGGAACUGAAGAGUGAGGCGCUUGGGCUUCUGCUCCUCAAGGAGGAUGUGGAGAAAGAACACCUACAGCUCUCGAACCAGAAACUGAAUCGGCUUCAAGAAGAAUUUGGCCGGCUCAUGGUGGAAAGGAGAACCUGCCUACAAAAGGCAAAUGAUUUUUUUAACAGUGCCAACAAGGCAUUUGAUGUACUUGGAAGAGUUGAAGCUUACCUUAAGCUCCUUAAAUCAGAGGGUUUAAGUCUGCCUGUUUUGGCGGCGAGGCAUGAGGAAUUAUACAGAGAAAUUAAAGACUGCACAGCUGAUGCUUUGCAAAAGGGACAAGCCUUAAUCAGCCAAGUAGCCUCCUGCAGCUCUCAGGUGACUGGUGUCCAUGAGAUGAUGGGAUUCAUUAGGAGACGAGUAGAUCAUCUGACCAAAGAGUGUUCAGCACACAAGGAAUUUGCUCUUCAGAGACAGCAGUUAACAGCCUCAGUGGAGGGCCACCUAAGAAAGGUGGAAAUGUCCAUUCAGAAAAUCAGUGCUAUACUUUCCAAUGCAAUAGAUGUUGGUUCCAGCCUUUCAGAAUCAGAGAAGAUUUUGAGUAAAUAUCUGGAACUAGAUAUCCAAGCUAAGGAGACAUCACAUGAAUUAGAAGCAGCUGCAAAACUCCUGACGGAGACAAAUGAUUUUGAACCUGAUGAAGUGUCAUUGCUUUCUUCUAAAGCUAAAUGGCUAGAGGAAGAAUUAAACAUACUUGGCCAAAGCAUCAGCUCCAGGUCACAAGUCCUGCAAACUUAUGUGGCAUUUCUCAAGUCAUCAGAGGAGGCAGAGGAGCAAUGUCAGAGGCUAAAGGAGUUUUACCAAACUGAAAUCCCACAAAAGGAAGAGGAUAAUGUUGAAGCCAAGCGUCGGUCUGACUCAGUGGAGAAGCAGUGGCAGCUAUUUUUAAAGAAGAGCUUUUUAACUCAGGACCUAGGGCUUGAGUGCCUUAAUUUAAUAAAUAUGGCAAAAGCAAAUGAAAUAUUAAAUGCGAAAAAUGAAGUGCUCAUUAUGGAGAACACCAUGGAGAGCCAGAAGGCAGAAAGGGAAGAACUCAGUCACCUUCGGAUGGCCUGGCAACUUAAAGCCUCUUCAAGCAAGCCCAUGAAACAGCAGUGGGGAGCGUUCAAAGAGCAACUUAGAAAGACUACUCACAACUUGAAACUUCUUCAAGAAGCACUUAUGCCUGUGUCUGCACUUGACCUUGGAGGGAGUCUCCAGACCAUUUUAGGUCUACGGAAAAAGUGGAAUGAAAUGAAGCCUCAAUUCCAGCAACUGAAUGAUGAGGUUCAGUACAUUAUAAAAGAAUCAGAAGAGUUAAGUGGCAAAGGAGCCCCUGUGAAAGAGAGGUCUCAACAACUGAAGGACCUCAUUCACCUCCAUCAAAACCAGAAAGAGAGAAUUCGAAAUUACGAGGAAAUCCUGUAUAAGACUAUCCAGUUCCACCAAGUCAGAGAAGAGCUGGGACGACUCUUCACGUCAAGAGAACUGGAGUUUCUAGAACAGCCAAGGGAUAUGGAGGAUGCUCAUGAUGCCCAGGUUCUCCUCAGUCGCUCUCGGGAAAAGCAGGAGCACGUGGACCACCUCCACAAACUGGCCCUUUCCUUGGGAGUGGAUGUCAUCUCAUCAGUGCAGCGGCCUAACUGCUCUAACGUUUCAGCAAAGAACCUGCAGCAGCAGCUGGACGUCCUUGAGGCGGAUGGUCUGAAUUGGCGGGCCCAAACAGAGGACUAUGAGCGAGCCUUGGCCCGCAGAGUCCAGCUCUGCACCACAAGGAAUGAGAUAAGUGAGCUCAAAGAGUCAUUUAGAGAUAUCAAAAAGAAAUUCAAUAAUUUGAAGUUUAAUUACACUAAGAAAAAUGAAAAAGCUCGAAAUCUGAAAGCUCUCAAAUACCAAAUUCAACAAGUUGAUAUGUAUGCUGAGAAAUUACAGGCUUUGAAAAGGAAAAUGGCAAAAGUUGAGAAUAAAACUUUUUUCUUCAAUUAUCCAAAUAAUAAAGUGAAUGUCCUUUUGGAAGCCAUUAAGGAUUUGCAGAAAUAUGUGGAAGAGUUUGACAGAGUUGUGACAGACUACAGGAAGAAUUUGGACCUGACGGAGCAUCUCCAGGAGUUGAUAGAGGAGUGUCACUUUUGGUAUGAAGAUGCAAGUGCCACAGUUGUAAGAGUUGGAAAAUAUUCCACAGAAUGCAAGACAAAGAAAGCUGUGGAAAUUCUCCACCAGCAGUUCAAAAAGUUUAUCACACCCUCAGUGCCUCAGCAAGAAGAAAGGAUUCAGGAGAUCAAUGACCUCGCUCAGCGCUUAUAUGGUUUUGAAGAAGGGCAGAAGUAUACCGAGAAAAUAUUGGCUAAGCACAAGGAGAUUCUCGAAUCUGUUACUGAAUUAUGUAGCUCUCUCACGGAGCUUGAAGAAAAGCUGAAGCAGGAAGAUGUUUUAAAGAUGAAUCUGAGUUUGGAAGACUUCCACAAUGAUUGUGUUGACCUAUUAAAAGAACCAGCGAGAAAUAAGCAGACAAUAUUUGAUAAAGGAAGAAAUAAGGAGCAGGCACCUCCAGCAGACAUCUUGGUGGUUGAUGGAGCAGGAGAGGGUCAGCUUCCACUGGACAUGCAGACACCAGCCCCCAGCAAAGAGGGUGCUGUCCAAGGCCUGCCUCUGCCUGCAGAAGAGCUUUCAGAAGACUAUGAGUGUGUCUCUCCGGACGACAUCUCCCUGCCUCCACUCCCAGGAAGCCCUGAUUCCCUCCUGGCUCCAUUGGACAUGGAGGUGGAAGCACCUGCAAGCCCCUCCCCACGCUUUCACCUAAGAAGCCACAGAAGGCAGUCCGGGGCCAGCAGUCCAGGGGAGGCCCCAGAAUCUGGCCUCCUACCACCUGCUGCUUUCGCAGAUGCUUGUGAUGAUGAGAGAGAAACAUUUUCAAGUCAUUUUGAGAAGCCAUACCCCCAGUUCCCAUCUGAGCCCUCAUUAGCAUCCCAAGGAUUUCUGGAAAAGAGUACUGCCUUCCACAGAAUCAGUGCUAAACCUCCAGAGAGCAUGCCGAGUGAAGUGCAUGAGCCAGCUUUGCAACAGCACCCCCAGGCGCAGGGAAGUUUGCUAGAAAUACAGGGGAAAAUGCAUGCUGAUAAUAACAUCACUAAAACCCGAAAUAGGCUGCAUGCUUCCCAGGAUGAAUUCUCAGGCCUCGGGUUUCAACCAGGCCCCAGCCAGCCCUGUCAGAGGCAGAUGGUCCCCCAAGAAGAGAUUAAAAGUACAUCAGCAAAGAACAGCAUGGUCAGCCUAGCUGGCCAGGCCCCUAAUUUCUCCAGGCUCCUGUCUAAUGUAACUGUCAUGGAAGGUUCUCCAGUGACUUUGGAAGUUGAAGUAACAGGAUUUCCAGAGCCUACACUAACAUGGUACAAGAAGGGCCAGAAAUUGUCUGCAGACGAGCACUUGCAGGUUUUACACAAGGAGACAAGACAUUUGGUGUUCAUUCCGAAGGUAUGCAAGGCAGACGAAGGCCUCUAUGUGGCUCGGGCCCAAAACUCUAGUGGCAUUCUGUCUUCCAAUGUCAUCCUCCACGUGACAGGUAACUGUAGGCCGCCAAUCACACGAAUAAACUGGAUCAUGCUGUGUGUCAUCUAUGUUAGCGUGUCACUGAUAUACUGGCUACUCACACAGUGACCACGGGGUUGGUACCAUGGACAUCAUUCUCAUGAGCCUAAAGGACAACAGUACAGCUGUUUAUUUGCCUGCAUCUCCCACAAAGCACCCCCAUUGUGUGUAUCUCCAUUCUGGCCAUAUUGCUUUUUUGGCUCAUAGCACUGCUUGGUGAAAUGAUCAAAUUUUCUUUGGUGUUUUAAACGUAUCUGAAGAGCUUGGUAAAUCAUUAGCAAUGGAUAGUGAUAUGUUUUUAUAUUCUAGGAAGAGAUGUGUUGACUAUAAAACACAAUCAAAUUAUACUACAUUUAUUCCCUCCUAAUUUAAGAGCAUGCAGAUCAAGGCUCACAUCAGCAUGGAGGUGUGAGUUACAUUUCAAAUCCACUUGCUUGAUAAUCUACUUCUAAUUGUACUCAUAAACAUCUCUUUGUAGAAUAACAGUAGAACUGUAGAACUGAAGUUGUCAUUUUCAUGACUGUGUAAGAUGUCCUUUAAUUUUGCUUUUCCUGUCCUGAUCUCAUUUGUUGAAAUACAUUCUAUGUAGUUUCAACAAAGCCUACAUUCCUGAGUCUGAGGAUAUCGCCGUAAAUAAUCAUUCCUUGUGUUGAUUUCAUGGGUUUGACAUUGGAAAAAGAUGUGCUGUCAGCUUUAAAUGGAGUUUGAAACUUCCAUCAGCUGUGUGUGUCACAGAGCAAGAUGGAACACAGCUGCAGGGGUGGACCAACGCUAUUCCUGUCAUCCCAUUGACGUGUUUUGGGCAGCUAUGGAAAUGCAACUGCAACUAGUUCCUUUUGCUUCUAAUCUUGAUUCGGCUGCUGACCAUUUUCACAGCCUGUGUUAAAGCAUUGUAGUGUGUCAGUUUCCAUUUGGAAAAAUGGGUUGGGUAUCUACCUCUUGACCAAUUUCAUGUCUUGUAACGAUCUGGAAAGUGGAAAGUCCUCUAUGAAGACUAGGGUAAUUAUAUUGUUCAAUAUAAUUUGUCAUCACACUGCCUCCCGCCCACUAUUUCUCUUUCAAUGUUGCCUCCUUAGAAUAUUAGAUGGAAGGAAUGGGAAAUCUGUAGGAAAAUGAUGUUUUAUGCAUUGGAGUUUAAAUUCCUUUGUAAUUUCUUAAGACAAUAGCCUUUUCAAAGACUUGAAAUUAAACUCAGGAUGAUACAUUUAGUACGAUAUCAGGGGAAAAUUAUAUUAUAGGAUGACUGAAGACAAACGCUAUUCUUACAGUUAUCACUGUAAUAUUGAAGAAUGUUCUGUCUUUCUGAAAUAUAUUAUUCAGAAAAAUGAUAAUUAUUUUAGUUCCUUUAAAAAAGACAUAUGUAUAAGAGAAGGCUUUCUUUUUAGAUUGUAACCAUAGUCUUUGUCAUGUUAGGGUGAAAUCUUUAGUUAAAAGAAUCUUCAUUAUAGAUUUUUUGAUGAAGAGAAGGAAUUAUCUUACUGUAAAGACAGUCUACAAAUAAUAAAAGUAUUUAAUAUAUUCAACUUAAUAGUUGAUACUGAUAUCUGAAGAUGUGAAAUGUGUGACUAAGUAAAAAAAAUAGCAUGUAUUUUCUUGUGCUAUGUAUUUAAUUUAAUGAAAAAAUUAAUCUCUUAAUUUUUUUAUAAAUUUUGACAGAAACUUAUUAAAAAUUUAUA